AUGCAGAUCAAAGAUCGGACGUUUAUUGUCUCUGGAGGCUCCAGCGGCCUGGGAUUAGCCACGACCAGCCUCUUCCUGCAAACCGGCGCCAACGUAUCCAUCCUCGAUCUGAAUCCUCCUCCUUCAGACACCCUCUCGCAUGUCGACACUUCCCGGAUUCUCUUCACCAAGACCAAUGUCGCAUCAACCGAGUCGUUACAAGCCGCAGUCAAGAGUACGUUGAAAUGGAUCCAAGAAACAACCUCGAAGCCGUUGUCCGGCGCCAUCUGCUGCGCCGGGAUCGGCACUGCGGCGUUGGCUCUUCCUAAACAGGAUCCCUCUGCGACACACGAAACCGUCAAAUAUAUGGACAUGAGCCUCUUCGACAGAACCCUAGCCAUCAAUCUGCGGGGCACUAUAGACCUCAUCCGCUUGACUGUUCCGCAUAUGGCACUCAACGAACCCUGGGGACCGGAUGGCGAACGAGGUAUUGUGGUGGUGGUCUCCUCCGUUGCUGCCUACGAAGGUCAAAUCGGCCAAUUGGCAUACAGCGCAAGUAAAGGUGCUGUGAGAAGUGUCGUUUUACCGUUGGCCCGGGAACUGGGACAGAAGGCUGGCAUACGGGCCAUGGGCAUUGCACCGGGUGUCUUCCAGACCGGCAUGACUGUGCCCCCGAGGAAGAAAUCGGGGCCGCCACCAAAAAAUGAAGGGGUCCAAAACAAACCGAAAGGUCCCACUGGUUCGCGCGCGUCCGUGAAUCCUGAGAUGAUCCAGUAUCCAACACGGAUGGGUCGUGGGGAUGAAUUUGCCCGUCUGGUGAAGGAAAUCGUCGAGAACCCGAUGCUCAAUGGAGGAGUCAUCCGUAUUGAUGGUGCCGUGAGGAUGCCCAGUCGCCUGUAA